CGGGGCGGGGCGAGCGGCGGGAGGCGGGCGGGGGGGCCGCGGCCCCGCGGCGCUGACAGCCCCGUUGUCCCUUCCCCUCCCCGCCCCGCGGCAGCCCGGCCUCCGGCUCGGCUCCCCGGCGGGAAGAUGUGGGUGAAGCUGUGCUGUUUGCUGCUCUACUUCCUGGCGCUCUUCGUCCUGGCCAGGGUGUUCGAGGCCGUGGCGUGGUACGAGAGCGGCUUCCUCGCCACGCAGCUGGUGGACCCGGUGGCGUUGAGCUUCAGGAAGCUGCGGACCAUCCUGGAGUGCCGGGGUUUGGGCUACUCGGGGCUGCCCGAGAAGAAGGAUGUGCGGGAGCUGGUGGAGAAGUCAGGAGACCUCAUGGAAGGAGAGCUCUAUUCUGCUCUCAAGGAGGAAGAGGCCUCUGAAUCGGUUUCCAGUACUAACUUUAGUGGGGAAAUGCACUUCUAUGAGCUUGUAGAAGACACAAAAGAUGGGAUCUGGCUGGUACAGGUCAUAGCAAACGACAGAAGCCCACUGGUGGGUAAAGUCCACUGGGAGAAAAUGGUGAAGAAAGUAUCAAGAUUCGGCAUACGUACGGGCACUUUUAACUGUUCCAGUGACCCCAGAUACUGCAGGAGGAGGGGUUGGCUGAAAUCCACCCUCAUCAUGUCGGUUCCGCAAACCAGUACCUCCAAGGGAAAAGUCAUGCUGAAGGAAUACAGCGGGCGCAAAAUCGAAGUGGAGCACAUUUUCAAAUGGAUCACAGCCCACGCUGCUUCUCGGAUCAAAACCAUCUACAACUCGGAACAUUUAAAGGAAGAAUGGAACAAAAGUGACCAGUACCGUGUAAAAAUAUACCUGUUUGCCAGCCUUGACCAGCCCCCGGCGUUCUUCUCUGCACUAAGUGUGAAGUUUACUGGAAGAGUAGAGUUUAUUUUUGUGAACGUGGAAAAUUGGGACAAUAAAAGUUACAUGGCAGAAAUUGGAGUCUACAAGACACCAUCCUACAUACUUAGGACUCCCGAGGGGAUUUACAGGUAUGGAAAUAACACCGGUGAAUUUAUAUCACUACGUGCCAUGGAUUCCUUUUUGCGCUCGUUACAACCAGAAGUUAAUGAUUUAUUUGUUUUAAGCUUAGUUUUGGUUAAUCUGAUGGCUUGGAUGGACCUGUUUAUCACACAAGGCGCUACUAUAAAGCGUUUUGUGGUUCUUAUAAGCACUUUAGGGACGUAUAAUUCAUUAUUAAUUAUUUCCUGGCUACCCGUGUUAGGUUUUUUGCAACUACCUUACUUAGACAGCUUUUAUGAGUACAGUUUAAAACUCUUCAGGUACUCUAACACAACUACAUUGGCUUCUUGGGUAAGAGCCGACUGGAUGUUCUACUCUUCGCAUCCAGCCCUCUUCCUCAGCACGUACCUCGGUCAUGGGUUACUAAUCGAUUACUUUGAGAAGAAAAGACGACGCAAUAACAACACGGAUGAAGUAAAUGCUAAUAACCUGGAGUGGCUGUCGAGCCUCUGGGACUGGUACACCAGCUACUUGUUUCAUCCUAUUGCUUCCUUUCAACACUUUCCUUUUGACUCAGAUUGGGAUGAAGACCCGGAUUUGUUCUUAGAGCGGUUGGCCUUCCCCGAUCUCUGGCUUCACCCUCUGAUACCAACCGAUUACAUUAAAAACUUACCCAUGUGGAGGUUUAAAUGCCUCGGCGUCCAUUCCGAUGAGGAAAUGCUGGAAACUUUUCAAGACAGCGAAAGUGACUCUGACAGCGAAAACAAAGAGCUCUUCAGUAGCGAAAAAGACGUCUCGGAGGACGAUGAGCUAAACGCCUCUCGUAGGUGCGGUGAAGGAGAGCGUCAGCGCGACGCCGAGACCUGUUCGUGUGCCAACAAAUAUUGUCAUCGCGAGCCGUACGAACGGAAAGCGAGAUCCUACGGCUCGUACGGCACCGCAGGCGACAUGGAGCCGGAUUGGUCGGCGUGGCCCUCCGAGAUGUUGCACUGUACGGAGUGUGUUGUGUGUCUAGAAAAUUUUGCCAACGGUUGCCUGCUCAUGGGCUUGCCGUGCGGCCACGUGUUCCACCAGAAUUGCAUCGUGAUGUGGCUGGCCGGCGGGCGGCACUGCUGCCCCGUCUGCAGGUGGGCUUCGUACAAAAAAAAGCAGCCAUACACACACCCGCAGCCUUUGUCCAAUGAUACCCCGUCUUAGCUGCGCGCCGACGUCCUCCGUAAGCUUUCAGGAUAUUACUGCUUGCCUUUUAAAUGUUAGUCACUUAACAGAUUAUGUGGUUUGAAGUUUUAGUUUAAAUGUUAGUGCAGUGAAUUAAAAAUGUACAUGAUGCUAACGUUAACGACAGAAUCAUUUGGUUGCCUUGUAUGUUGAACUGAAUGCAUACUUAGCGUACAAUAACUUUUUCUUUUCAACAUCUGGAAACUUGAUGCUGGGUUUGUAAGCACAAAAACCAAGCCUACAACAGAAGCGUAUUCCAGCAAACGUUUACAAGUCAGGAUGUGGGUGAAAUCGAAAUUCUAAUUGGAGAAAAUUGCUUAAUUUAAACGUUUCUUAUUUUAGAGUCUGUUCAGCACAUCUUUGUUGAAUAAUCUAUGUUGUAAGACAGUACCAUUUAAAAAAGAAAUCGGUGAAAUAAAUUAUUUUAAAAGGAGAUUUGUAAUGUUAAUUGUUUUGAUAAAUAUUUUGUGUGUAUGGUUACGGAUGUCUUGCUGGUCUGAUUUAUCUGUGAAGACAAUAAAAAUAUAACACAA